AUGGCAAAUACUGAAGAAUUUGUGGUACGGAUACGUGGCCUACCUUGGUCAGCAACAGUUGAAGAUGUUCAAAAAUUUUUCACCGGUUGUCGCGUCAAAGAAGGAAGGCAAGGAAUUCAUUUCACUUACGCAAGUGACGGUAGAGCUAGUGGCGAGGCAUACAUUGAAUUUGGCUCAUUGGAGGAUUUCAAUAGGGCAUUGGAGCGUAACCGAUGUCAUAUGGGUAAACGGUAUGUCGAAGUAUUUAAAUCGAAGCGAAGUGAAAUGGAUUACGUCGUCAAACGAACCAAACAACGUUCAGGUAGAGAUUCUGAGAAUGUUGUCCGACUACGUGGUUUGCCUUACGAGUGCUCCAAGGAAGAAAUUGCUCAAUUUUUCACUGGUUACGAAAUUAUCCCCAAUGGUAUUACUUUUGGCGUUGAUAGAGAUGGGCGUAGUACUGGAGAAGCUUAUGUAGAAUUUGCCAAUACUGAUGUUUCUGAACGAGCAUUGUCUAAAGAUAAAGAAACAAUUGGCCAUAGAUAUAUUGAAAUUUUUCGAGCGAAAAAAUCAGACAUACAUAAUAUGAGUGCACCAAAGAUUAGACCUCUAAUCGGUAGUGCUGCUAGUUCACGCCCAAGGCCAUACGAUAGAAAACGUGGGGAUCGGUUUACUCGCGGCCAUCCUGAGGAUAGAUACAAUCAAGGACGUGGCUACAACAGAGGUUACCUUGAUAAUCGACCGAGCGAUCAUCCUGUUGAGCCAGAUAGACCUCCAGACUUUGAACCAAAUGUUCACUCAAUUCGAAUGAGAGGGCUACCCUUUAAGGUGACAGAAAACGAAAUUGUAGACUUUUUUGACCAAAUCCCUCUGCAAAAUAUUCAUAUCGAGUAUGGUGAUGGGGGUAAAGCAACGGGAGAGGCUGUUGUCGAAUUUUAUAAUUACGAAGAUGCUUUGGAAGCAAUGAAUAAAGAUCGACGCAGGAUUAAACAUCGAUACAUUGAAUUAUUUUUAAAUACAACUCCGGAAUCUGAAGGG